GGAGCAGCAAACGCUACUACCGGUUAGUGUGUAGGGUGCCUGAGAGGUCGAUUUGACACGCACCCUCAAUCUCACACGCGUAUAGUGACGGGAAGCUGGAGGCUGCUGUGAGCAUGGAUGCUAGCACCAAAGCUCAGAAACUUGAGCUUAUCGAACGGAAUAUUCGGGAUUUUCCUGACUUUCCAACCAAAGGAAUCGUGUUUAAGGAUAUUUGUCCAAUCGUGAAGGAGCCCAAAGCGCUGACUGCGGUCAUCGAUUUGUUUGAAGAACAUGUCAGACAGAAGUAUCCACAGACUGAACUCAUAGUUGGUCUGGAAGCUAGAGGCUUUUUGUUCGGGCCUCUUUUGUCGCAGAGGUUGGGAAUCGGCUUUGUGCCCGUCAGGAAGAAGGGGAAGCUUCCCGGUCCUACCGUGGCUGUUGAAUAUACUCUUGAAUAUGCCAUGGCUGAAGCUGAAGUACAAGUCGACUGUGUGGAACGUGGACAGCAGGUCAUUCUGAUUGAUGACUUGCUGGCCACUGGAGGUACUUUGAACGCUGCAUGUGAGCUGAUGAAGAAGCUCCAGGCUGAGGUGUUGUGCUGCUUGCUAGUGGUGGAGUUAAAAGAUCUACCUGGUGCAGAAAAACUCAAACCCAUUCCGAUCUACUCACUAGUACAAUACUGAGACACGUGUACAGAACAGUGUGUUACAGCAUGCGUUACCAUUAAAACUAUUACUAUAUGUACAAAUACAAA